CUCAGUGUCGUCAGUCAGUCAGUCUCCUCUACGCAGAUUCGUUGAUGUGAUUCUUUGGAUUUGUCUAUGUCUACUAGUGUUUGGUAAAAUAGAGAAACAAUAAAAAUAAAUCUAGUUUACUUAUGUUUAUCGUGAAUUAAUCUGUGAGCUUCUGAGCUAUGUCAAUCCAAGAAAAGUUCGAGAAGGCUGUGAAUGUCAUAAGAAAUUUACCAAAGAAUGGCUCGUACCAACCAUCACAUGAACUGCAGUUGCGGUUCUACGCUUACUUCAAGCAAGCAACGGAAGGUCCCAAUUAUCACUCCAAACCCAGUUUUUGGGAAGUCGUUAAAAGGGCAAAAUGGGAAGCCUGGUCAAAACUGGGAAACAUGACCAAAGAGGAGGCAAUGAUGCACUAUGUUGAGGAGUUACGGAAGAUUGUGGAGACCAUGUCUUACAAUGACAACGUAGCCACUUUCCUCAACUCAUUAGACAAUUUUUAUGAGAACGUUCCAGCAGAAGACUUGGAACUGCUUGUUGGACCAAUCAUUGAAAAGAUUAGGUCUCGACCCAACUCACCGCUCAGUGGCUCACCACUAGCAUCACGAGAUACAUCACCGAGCAGAACUGCAAUAAUGUCGCGAGACACAUCACCACUGAGACUGACAUCCAACAAACACAUCACCAGCAGUCUGGAGACCAGCCCGUCCAGCAGCUACUCAGCCAGUCCUCUGCCUCCCGACACGGACGAUGAAGACGACCACUUCCUCGACACUCAAACAGAACCAGACAGGGUCAAAGAGAAUAACCUCAAGAAACCUCGUAGUAACAGUUCUCACUCCGUAGAUCAUGUCACUGUGGAAAAGUCAACUGCUCGGAGUCUUCAAGUUUCUAAAGCGAGUGGAGAACUACCUCAGAACAGCCUUACUGUCAUCAGGAAAGAUAUGGAACAAAUCAAGAAUCGUCUGCAUUCUGUCGAGUCCUCACUGGUGAAUAAGCCAAUGCUGGCCGCCAAUGGUGAAGCUCAAGGAGUUAAUUUGUCAAGCGGUGGGGAGAAACUUCUUUCUGGUGCAACUGUGACCUCUGAGGCGUUUAGAAGGGCGAUUGAAAAUAUGACGAAAGAGGUGGAGAACCUGCAAAGGCGUAUGGCAACUCUGGAAACCAGGAGACAGCAAGAGGCCAGUGUAAGGUCCAGUUACGUUCUGCCUCGUUGGUGGGGUUUGCCUCUCCACACCACAGCCUUCUUGAUAGCUUGGCCUAUCCUCGUCAUCUUCAUAUCCAGAUUGGUAGCCAACCGCAGAAAACACUAAUUCCUUCAAGUCUGCUUCUUCAUUCGCUGUUUUUCCUUCUUUUGUUGAUUUUGUGUUUCGCUCAACUAUGGACCAUAAUUUUUUGUCGGACCUUAUUAUGGUUUGCCUUGAUACACACCCAGUGUGUUUUUGACUGUGUUCUUUCCUGUUCACUCGUAAUUGAAUAUGUACGCUCGAGUGUUUUGAUAUGUUGUUCUUAAAUAUUAAUGUUUGUGAUAUUUUUAUCGAAGGUAUCGGUUCUAAGCUAAGCCAUGGUGUCCUGUGCAUUUUUUAUUUGUUAGUCAAAUUUCAUACGUAUAACCUAAGCAACACCAAUGGCUUUAAAAAUUAAUACCUUAAAUAUUCAUUGUGUUCAGCUCUAGUAGACUUGUGGUGUAGUCAAUAUGACUUUAAAGCAUGAGAGCCGUGUGUAUAAGCCUUUUAUCUUUUAGUACGAAUGUUAAAUGAAUUUGUACCUUUCAUUACUCAACUUUUCACAUAUAGGUAGUCUAGUUAAAAAAUUCAGUUUUAUAAAUGCUAAAUUUUUAAUGCCGAUACAAAGUCUUGUGUAUUGAACAUUGUAUCGAUAGGCAGCUUAAUACCAAGCUCUUUUGUGCUUAGUUUGUUAUGCAGACGUUGGUGUAGGCCAAACUUGUACGACUACUGUAAUGAUAUGAGGUAUAUAUUUUUGUACAAUGAUGUAAGUUAUGAAUUUAAUAAAAGUUUAAUAUUGUU